AGCUGACAAACGACUUUUCUUUUAUUUCCCCACCCCCUCCACCCUUUCGAACACGCCGUUCUUUUUCCCUCUUCUCUUUUUGGGAGAAGAAGGCAUGUACACUUCUUUAUGAAGAUAAAAUACCCGUUGUUGUCAUAGCAGUAAUAAUACAUCCUUCUCCACUCCACGCUACGCCUCUUUUUGUAAAGCAAGGAUAAUACGUCUUCUUAGUCCCUCCUCAACACACAGCUUCUCAAACGACACAGAAGAAAUUAUGCCUAUAUCAUCCCUGUCUCUUAAGCGACAUCGUUCCGCAAGCACGUCCCAAACACAAUCCAGCACAGGCAAGCUCUCGCGACUCAAGUCCACCCUUGCCGUCUUUACAAAGCUUCGCCCGUUUACUACUGCAGCACCCUCAUCCGACAACGACGUCAAUGUAAUACCUCCAUCGCCACCGCCAUCGUCCUUGCAACAUCAUCAAAGGCGACAACAACGACGUGCGUCUAAAGGAACAAGCCGCAAUCCGCUAAACCGGUGGUCUCACCAUUUCGACAAUCGUCGAACCUCAGUAGCCAGCAGUUUUUUCCAGUAUUUGCAACAGCAACAACAACGCACAAACAACGAUAUCCCACCCUGUUACAGCAAUGACUCGUUAUAUGAGCAAGUUCGUUAUCACAGUGCCAAAAAAUCGCAUUCCCAGCCCCGUUUGGACCUAUUGCAUGAACAACACAGUAAAAUUCAGGAUCAAAAUGCACAAACCAUGCCCCCAGCCACACCAUCCCCUCCUCCCCCUUUGGUCGUGCAGCAGCAGCAACAACAACAACAACAACGGCUGCCACCCGUUAUCACAACAUCGUCCAUAUGGUUUGAGGAUGAUAGUGUCUUUAUUGAUACUGCUAGACAGAAAGCAGCAGUAGCAGAUAUACUUCCUCCUCCUGCAGGCAUUUUGGUCAAACGCGACACGAAUGUCAGUGGUUGUAGCGGCAUGAGCAGUGGUAGCAAUCAUAGCUGUUGCCUUUUCCCUACCACCACGACGAUGACGCCAACGACAACGACACAACAAUGUGGACGUCCUCGUAGCCGGUCUACUUCGUCGCAUCAUAUACGCCAUGUCUCAUCAUCCAACAUUACGGUCAAUUCAGAAGACUUGACCGCCAAGGAGUUUGCAGAGUUCACCGGUAUCAAAAUCCUCGACGAGGAUGACGACAACAACAACGAUAAUGUAAAUAACGGUAGUAGUGUCUAUGGUAACACCCAUUCGAGAAAUCACGAUGACGACCGGCCUUAUCAGCAACUCGACAAUAACGAAGAACAACAAGAUUCGGAUGAUAUUGCCAUGUUCACCAUUUCCACCGAACAACGGACCCAUUUCAGUAGUUGUUCAUCCAAUCGUCUACUCAAAAUAUGGGACCCAGAGUUUUGGCAUGAUCCUACUAAUGCCAUGCCUCCUAUGACCAAUACAACCAUAUGUAGCGGCAGUGGUAGCAGCAACAUCAUCAUCAGCAGCAACACCAAUAACAAUACUGUCAACAGCAGCAGUAGCAGCAGCAGCAAUAUUUUGCAGAACCGACCAUCACAGCAGCAUCUUGAGGAUGAGCAAGAUGGUCAUCAUCAAUCCCAGAUCUUCAACGAGUUGAGACAAAUGCAAUCCACAGACAAGCUAUCCAACUGUAUCAUCAAGAAGGGCCGUUUUGAAAUAUGUCUGGAAGGAGGAGCAACAGCGACGACGACAAUGAGUGAUAAUAAUACCCGUUCUGGCGAUAGCAAUGUGCCUCAGGAACAACAAACCCCAUUAUCACAGCAACAACUUGCGUCGCCUAUCGUGCCAACAAUUACCGUCAGUGACGGUGAGAGCUAACACAUAUUGAACAGCAGAAAGGAAGACCAUAACCUCUCUGGAAUACCAUAUCACAGCCGGAAAUUGUGCAAAACUGCGACCAUGAGAAAAGGGCUCGAGCCAGAAGACCAGAGUAUCUGAAGAACUUUGUAUAUCAUACGUGUAUAAUCUAUCUAGUUCCAUCACAACAACUCUCCUUUAUCUCUACUUUAAAUGACAGUUCAACGACCGAGCGUCCGAAAUAAAACUUCUUUUUUCGAAAGAAAAAUAGUACAAAACGUCAGUACAUUGGGAUUUAAGUUACCAAGUAAAUGGCUGGUGGGCUGGCCGUUCAUACAUGACAAUUCGAGUGAACCCAUUACUCUUAACAGUUCGGAGCACAUGAUAAUGGCUACUGCAUUGCUGAGC